UAUAUGUCGGUUGUGGAGUCUUUCGGUAUAUCUACGAAACCUAAAAAGCAAUCUGCUCUUCAAACACUUCCACAAAAUAUACUUUUUGGUGGAAUGGCAGGAGUAGUGGGUACCAGUAUUAUCUUUCCUCUCUAUACUCUAAAAACCAACUUACAAAGUAGUCAUUCUACUCACUCCUCUUCUUCUUCUUCUCGUUCUCUCAAAGGAGUGACAAAUAUUUUAUCCGUUCAUCAUCAGUGGAGAGUAGGUGCUGUUGUUCGUUCUAUUUUAGGAAGAGAAGGUUGGAAAGGAUUCUAUAGAGGUCUUACUCCAACACUCAUAGGAGUUGCUCCAGAAAAGGCCAUCAAACUUUCCGUCAAUGAUAUGCUUUGUUCCUUUUUAUCCGAUGAACAAGGAAAGACAAGUUUUAUGAAUAGUAUUAUAGCUGGAGCAGGUGCUGGAUUUUGUCAAGUAAUAGCUACUUGUCCUAUGGAAAUGUUGAUGAUUACUUUUCAAACUCGUUCUUCACAAGGACAACCUAUACAUUCUGUCACACAACUUGUAAAGGAAUUGGGUAUUCGUGGGAUAUAUAAAGGCCUCAUUGCCACAUUAUGUAGAGAUGUUCCUUUUAGUAUGAUAUUCUUUUCAACCAAUGCCCAUUUGAAAGCCACUUUUCAAGGCUCUUCAGAAAGACUUGCCAUUCCUUAUGUAUUUGUAUCGGGUAUUGGUGCUGGUUGCUUAGCUGCAGUAUUAUCUACUCCUAUGGAUGUCAUCAAAACAAGAUUACAAUCUUCCCAUUCACCUUAUAGAGGCAUUGUGGAUUGUUUUGUUCGAACAUUACAUGAAGAUGGAAUAACCAAGUUUUUCUCGGGUUCUAUUGCCAGAGCUUGUAUCGUAUCUCCUUUAUUUGGAAUUGCGUUGUUAUUUUAUGAAUUUCAAAAGAGAUUGGCUUCUCCUUCAUAACAAAGAUAUCUCAUAUCAGCAUUAUUAUAUAUCA